UGGGUUAAAUACAUUUGGGUUGCCUCUGAUCUUUAGCUUGAUAACAAUAAAUUCGUGCAUGUGAAUAUAAUUGUGCAACUUCAGCGCAUUUGUCCCCACAAAUAUCUUAAUCUGAAGACUUUUUUUAAAUUAAAAACAUAAUGGAGACGCUCCCAACAGAAGAUGUCAUUGACGGCGAGUAUAGCGAGGAGGAAUCCAGUCAAGACUCCACUGCCUGGGGAAGGCUGUUUCCGCUGGCUGACAGUUUUGUUGCUAUGGAUUUGACAAAAGAUGAGUAUUCCUUUGGAAGAGGGGAGAAUUGUGACGUCCCUUUUGAUAAUAAUGGAUCAAAGAAGCACCAGUGUUUCCAGGCUUACAGUAAAGUGCACUUCAAGAUUUUGCGGCAACACACAUCUACUGGUAUGCAUGUAUUCCUGGAAGACCUCUCCAGCAAUGGAACAUUUAUAAAUGGAGAUAAAGUUGGCAAAGGUAACAAACAGGUGCUUGCAAACAACGAUGAAAUAGGUCUUGCACUGAAGAAAAACAAAGCAUUUAUGUUUAUGGAUCUCUUGGAAAGCAACGACAGUGAUAUUCCUGCUUCCAUUAAGGAGAAAUACACCCUUACAAAAACCCUUGGCAGAGGUGCUUGCGGGGAAGUCAGACUUGCCUUUGCAAAAGGCUCGUGUGAGAAGUUUGCUGUAAAAAUCAUAUCCAAGAAGAAAUUCACAACAGGGGGACAGCAUGCUGUGAAUCUUUCAAAACAAGUCAUGAGUGAAGUUAAAAUUUUAAAGGCAUUGAAACAUCCAUGUAUAAUUGGUAUAGAAGAUGUGAUAGACACUAAAGAAGUUUUAUAUAUAAUACUGGAACUGGUGGAAGGCGGUGAGUUGUUUGACAAAGUCGUCAGCCUGAGCCAGUAUGACGAGCCAACUGCAAAACUGCUUUUCUACCAGAUGGUUGUGGCAUGUAAAUAUCUACAUGAUCAAGGUAUAACACACAGAGAUUUAAAGCCAGAAAACAUUUUGCUCCAAAGUGAUGAGAAGGAGACGUUAAUAAAGAUCACUGACUUUGGGCUCUCCAAGUUUGUUGACGCGGGCUCGCUGAUGAAGACAUUUUGUGGCACGCCGACCUACCUGGCCCCAGAGAUCCUGGUUACUGCUGGAACCGGCACCUACACCAAGGCUGUGGACGCCUGGAGUCUGGGUGUGAUAUUGUUUAUAUGCCUGUCUGGCUACCCUCCGUUCUCAGAUGAAAGGAAGGAAAUGGAUCUCCCCAAACAGAUCAUGGGAGGCCAUUACUCAUUCCCCAAACAGUACUGGGACGGCGUGUCAGAAGAGGCCAUUGACCUGAUUAAGAAGAUGAUGACAGUGGAUGCAAAGAAGAGAAUCACACUGGCAGACGCUCUAAAUCAUCCCUGGUUCAAGGAUGAAGAAAUGAUGAAAAAAGCCAAGAAGCUGAUGUACCCGGAGUCUGAUGGGAUGGUACCUCCCAGUGCCGCACUUAGAUCGCCCAAGAAGCGAGGGUUGGAGAAUGGUUCUGGUGAGGAGCCGGAUUCGAAGAGACGAGGUUCAGGCGACACCAAUUCCCCACCAAAUGAGUAGAUCUGGUUGAUGGAUGGUUGUAGACUGGACUGAAAGCAUGUGUGGGUUGUAACGAAAACUGUCCUGGCAAGGAUCUUAACUUGUGUUGUGAAGUGAGCUUACUGUAAAAUUGAACUAAAACUUAUAUGAUGAGCUUUGUACUUGUUUCAAGGGCCAUCAAUAGUUUUUUUUUCAUCGCGGUUUGUGGAUACAAUUAUUUUGUAGCAAUGUUUGUUUAACGGAUAAAUGGCACUCAUUCAGUUGUGUGUUCAGAAACAGUUAAACAACUGCUGUCAUAAUGAACAGAUUUGUUGUAGUCUCUAGCAGUUAUAUAUUUUUGUAGGACCAACAUUUGUUUAGGACCUCUGACUAUGAUGCAACAUGCCAAACUGUUUUCAUCAACCCUGUUUGUAACAGAACAUGUUCAUUCAUGGGAAAGCUGUGCUUUCCAAUGCUGUAUAUUUUAUAUUCACACUAAUUUUUAUGUUAUGUUUUUGUUUUGAGUAUAUUUUUCAUUACAUUUGUAAGAUUAUUUUUUGUUUGGAACGUUUAUCUUAUGACUUCUUUUAUUUGUGGAUCACUCCACUCAAUGUUAGGUAUGUCUUGUAGCAUAACUUUGGUGUCUUGUAGCAUUACUUUGGUGUCUUGUAGUAUUACUUUGGUGUUCAGUGCAAUAGGACUGGGACCAGCUUGUAUAACACAUGUGAUUAUGAAACAAGUUCAGAAUUUUGCUAGAACGCAAACCAUAAUGAACAGGAUGUUGAGAGAGCUUACACAUUCCAAACACACCAAGAACUGUUUCUUCCCAGAAAUCUGUCUCGAGUUUCCCUAAGCCUUUCCAUACAAUCCAGCUUAAAAUAUUUGUUUAUGUGUUUGCAGCUUUCCACAGUUUUUCAGGGGGUCAGUUAACCAACUCCCUCUUAUCCUGGGUAAGCUUGUCAACCAGUACAAAGUGCACAUACCUAUACCAGUAACUGACAACUGAGAGACUUUAAUCAGAGGGAGAAGGGCUGUAGAGGAUUUCAUGACCGCUACCCACACAAGCUAUGUGGCUGGUCGGGGAUUUAACUAGCUGGUCUGACAGGCUUAAAACUUAUAACAGGAAAAUGAGGUUCUGUCUACUCUAACACUAUUACAGGAGUUAAUGUUUUCAUUAUUGACAUUUUCCACAUUAGGUAUUUACUAUCACAAUUCACACUAUUUUGUUUAUUUAUAAUGUUUGCAUGUUAUAGUUUUGUAAUGACCCGGUACGAUUUGCAUUUUUACAUACUUUGUGUUGUUUGUAUAAAUAUAUAACAGGUAAUGAUAUGUUUUGCUUUUAAUGAUUCUUUAUUAGAGGAUUUUGUAUGAAAACCGACAAACUUUUAUAGACAGUUUUGAAUCCUUUUGAAAAUUUGAUGUUAUUUUGUAUAGCUUAAAAAAUAAAUGAAAGAUAAAAAAUUA